GGUGUGCUGCCGUUUCCUCUCAGCAGCACCUGUGUGACCGGAGCACGAGCUGCUGCAGCUUCUCUUCCAGCUUAACAUCUCCUCUCUCUCCUCUCUCUCCACUGCGGUCCAGCUCAGUUCGGUUCGGCCCGGCUUGGCUCGGUUAGGAUCUCCCCUCUGCAGCCGCCGGUGUCACCUCUCUCCUAGGAGCCACUCUGUCGCUGCGGGUGGCUCUCUGCUGGAACACCGGGAAGAGGACCGGGAGACUCUGGCAGGGACACCCGGGGAGGAGCAUGCCUGAGGCGGGUCUGAGUCCGCUUCGGGUCCUGGUCUGGAGCGCGGGAUUCUCCUGAUGCAUGCUGGACUUGUUGCUGCAGAAGGAAACGCGCUGUUUGGAGGGAAAAAACAACCGAGACAGCACGAGAGGAUUCACAGAAGAACCGGAUUUAAGAAACGUAUUUCAAGAGAAAACUGAAGCUCGUGAAGUUUGUUUAGCUUCUUUCUAAACAUUCAAAGAGUCCGAAGCAACAACCAACGACUUUUUAAAGAGGAAAAACUGAACCAAUGUGGAUUUGUUUGUCUCUACUUUGAUUCUUCAGCUUUUUCUUUCCGGUUCACGCUUCAGUUUCGUGCGUAAAAUCUUUUUUUUUUUUCCUGGAGGAAACUCUGUUGAUCAUCCAUCUGUUGCCUUCUCUCCAAUUCUCUCCUGAUGUUCUCUCCCCGCUUCACCGAUUAGUAAACCUUCCUCUAACGAGCCCCACUGAGCUCCAGGACCAGGACCGGGCUCCAGGAGCACCAUGGCAGCAGGAGUGGCGGCAUGGCUGCCGUUCGCCCGCGCGGCAGCUAUCGGCUGGAUGCCGGUGGCGGGCGCGCCCAUGCCGGUGCCGCCGAAGGAGAAGCAGCGCGGGACGGACUCGCUCAUCGUUCUGAACGUGAGCGGCCAAAAGUUUCAGACGUGGCGGGACACGCUCGAGAGGUACCCGGAUACCCUGCUGGGCAGCACGGAGCGGGACUUCUUCUUCCACGAAGAGAGCAACGAGUACUUCUUCGACCGGGACCCGGACAUCUUUCGCCAUGUCCUAAACUUCUACCGCACGGGGAAGCUGCACUACCCGCGGCAGGAGUGCAUCUCCGCCUACGAUGAGGAGCUUGCCUUUUUCGGCAUCAUCCCAGAGAUCAUUGGGGACUGCUGCUACGAGGAGUACAAAGACCGGCGGAGGGAGAACCAGGAGCGGAUCCAGGAUGACGAUGAGAUGGACCAGACCAACGACCUGGUCGUAUUAGACCUGAACUUCAGGGAGACCAUGUGGCGCGCCUUUGAAAACCCUCACACUUCCACCAUGGCUCUGGUCUUCUACUACGUUACGGGCUUCUUCAUCGCAGUGUCGGUGAUGGCUAACGUGGUGGAGACGGUGCCGUGCGGCGCCGCGCCUGGCCGCGUCAAGGAGAUGUCCUGCGGGGAGCGGUACGCGCUGGCUUUCUUUUGCCUGGACACCGCGUGCGUCAUGAUCUUCACGGUGGAGUACGUCCUGCGCCUGCUUGCUGCGCCGAGCCGCUGGAACUUCGUGAAGAGCGUGAUGAGCGUCAUCGACGUGGUGGCCAUCAUGCCUUACUACAUCGGCCUCGUCAUGACGGACAACGAGGACGUCAGCGGCGCCUUUGUCACGCUGCGCGUUUUCAGGGUCUUCCGGAUCUUUAAGUUCUCGCGUCACUCUGCGGGACUUCGCAUCCUGGGCUACACGCUGAAGAGCUGCGCGUCAGAGCUGGGCUUCCUGCUCUUCUCCCUCACUAUGGCCAUCAUCAUCUUCGCCACGGUCAUGUUCUACGCUGAGAAAGGAUCCUCAGCGAGCAAGUUCACCAGCAUCCCUGCGGCCUUCUGGUACACCAUCGUCACCAUGACAACGCUGGGAUAUGGCGACAUGGUUCCAAAGACCAUCAUGGGGAAGAUCGUCGGCUCUGUGUGCUCUCUGAGCGGCGUGCUCGUCAUCGCCCUGCCCGUUCCUGUCAUCGUGUCCAACUUCAGCCGGAUCUACCACCAGAGCCAGAGAGCCGAGAAGAGACGGGCCCAGAAGGCGUCAAAGGAAGCAGGACAGGCGCUGGUGUGUAAGGCCAACCCCAACUUUGAGGUGCACCAUCAUCACCUUCUGAACUGUUUGGAGAAGACCACGAAUCACGAGUUUGUGGAUGAGAAGACGUACGAGUCGAGCUGCAAGGAGGUGACUCUGCUGAAACAGGUGUCUCGCUCCUCCUCCAUCUCCUCUUCCUCACCUCACGGCUUCACCUCCUGCUGCAGUCGCAAGAAGAGGAAGACCUUCAACGUCCCCAACUCCAACAUGUCUGUGGGUCUGCAGGGCAGCAUCCAGGAGCUGAGCACCAUCCAGAUCAGAGAGAGACCAUUCACCAACAGUCGCUCCAGUCGAUCCAGCUUGAAUGCCAAAAUCGUGGAGACAGUCCCUCUGAACUGUGAAGAGUCCUACCUCACCGCCGCCGUCAUCAGCAUGCCCACACCACCCGGCACCACCCCCGAAGGAGACGAUUCUGCCAGCUCUACCAAUUACCUCCAAGCUAACAUCGUGCGGGUGUCCGCACUGUAGAAAGCGCCAUCCAGCUCCAACACAGAAACUCCACCCUCCCAGGUGGACGACGGGGGGGUCAGGUAUCAGGGGUUAGGGGUCAACAGCCCUUGCACCACAACAGACUCAGAGGGCGGGGUUUCGACCACAAAUCCAGGAUGGGAGUGACAACUUAGCUUGGACAGUUCAAACCUCUUUGAGAGGGAGCGUUCAUAAACUCAGCUAGCAUCCCGAGGAUUUUUCUUUAGCCCCCUCGGAGAGGUUUUAUUCCAGCAGUCAAACAUCUGAGAGCAGAGGGACAUAGCACAUGACUGAUCUCUGUCUGAGACAAAUUUAACUCUUCUUCUUUUCUUUUUCAGUCCUGUCUAAAUUUGAUGUCUUAAAAUCUAGAGGUAGUUGAUGCUAAUGUAGAUUUCUUUAUUCUGGAGGCAGCUCAAAGGAAACGUGCGACAUUUUGGGAACAUCACUGUCAACUAUGUAAGAGUGUCAGGCCUAGCUUAGCACAAAGGAUGGAAGCUUAUUUCAUCAACCUUCUGACUAUUCAAACUGUUAUCAAGCUGGUUACCGAUCGAUCCUGAAGCCAAGAACCCCAAAACCCAAAAUUAAACUUUCACAUCAGGUGUGAAAUACUACAUCUCAGAUAAUCGUCUUCCAAUCUGUGAGUUACUGGCUUUUCUAUUCAAUAGAUUUAAACUGAAAGCUCUCAGUUAUGAGAGAAAAAGACCUACGAGAGGCUCAGGCGGAUUGUUUUUGGCAUAAAACAUAAAUCAGGUGACGGAUUGUUCUUUUACUGUACCUGUUAAAUCCGGCAGCAGGAUAUUUUUCCACACAUAUCUGAUCCACACUCUGCCUCAAGUCUUCAAAUACUGUCCGACACCAACAACUGAAUCCAAGAUGCUAGGGAAAUAAACUGACUAUUGAUAUCAGUAUGUAUUGUAAACAUUAUAAUGAAUCUAAAAUAUAAUUGGUUAAAUUUGAAACAGGUUCAGGCCAACAAAUAAA